AUGCUAAUGAUUAUAAUAAUAUUUGGGAGUUUAACUUAUCGAAACAUUCGUGGAACAAUCGUUCUUGCUGAACAACAAGCGGAUCGACGAUUGAUCCGAAUGAUAUUCUCACAAGUAAUUCUUCUUUUUAUUGAUACUAUUUUACUAGGUGGGUAUCAGACAUACAAUACAAUUACAUCUGGAAUGAUGAAAAAUCAAGAUCGGCUUUUGAAAGAAUAUCUUGCUUACGCGAUUAUUAGCACUAUGGCAACGUUUUAUCAUGUUAUAUGCUGA